ACAAAAACCUCUCUCAGGCUAUUCUCUUCAGCAGAUCCUCGUAGCACAGAAGCGGAGUAGGGGUAUCGAUCGACAAAACUAGGGUUUUACAAAACCCUAGCGCCAUUUCCAGGAAGCAAAUAAAUGGCUCGAUCGGCCAGAUCCUCCGCGACGCGCCUGUUGUACACCCUCUGUUCCUCCACCAGAACGACCCCAUAUGGGUCUCCGGUCCCCCCUCCAUGCCUGUCGCCGACCACAGCCCUACUCCGUCUCCGGCCGUUCUCCGCAGGAAGCGCCGCGCGGGUGAAGGAGGAGAAGGAGGCAUGGUGGAAGGAGUCCAUGGAGAGGCUCCGGAACAUCGGAAUUUCGGCGCACAUCGACUCAGGCAAGACGACGCUCACGGAGCGAAUUCUGUAUUACACGGGAAAGAUUCACGAAAUUCAUGAGGUUAGAGGGAAGGAUGGUGUCGGGGCGAAGAUGGAUUCGAUGGAUUUGGAAAGGGAGAAAGGGAUUACGAUUCAGUCUGCCGCUACUUAUUGUACUUGGAAGGGGUAUCAGGUGAACAUAAUAGACACUCCUGGCCACGUCGAUUUUACCAUUGAAGUUGAGAGGGCUUUGCGUGUCCUAGAUGGUGCCAUUCUUGUCCUUUGCAGUGUUGGCGGUGUGCAAAGCCAGUCCAUUACUGUUGAUAGGCAAAUGAGAAGAUAUGAGGUUCCAAGACUUGCUUUUAUCAACAAACUUGACCGAAUGGGAGCAGAUCCUUGGAAAGUACUCAAUCAGGCAAGAACUAAGCUCCGACAUAACAGUGCUGCAGUGCAAGUCCCAAUUGGUCUUGAGGAGGAGUUUCAGGGUCUUGUUGACCUUGUGCAGUUAAAAGCUUAUUAUUUUCAUGGCUCCAGUGGGGAAAAUGUUGUCACUGAAGAAGUGCCUCAGAAGAUGGAAGCUUUAGUUGCAGAAAAGCGGCGUGAACUAAUUGAAGUGGUCUCUGAAGUUGAUGAUAAACUUGCUGAGUUGUUUCUUGCUGAUGAACCCAUAACAUCCACAGAUCUUGAGGAAGCAAUUCGUCGGGCCACUGUAGCAAGAAAGUUCAUACCAGUAUUCAUGGGUAGUGCAUUUAAAAACAAGGGUGUGCAACCGCUUCUUGAUGGUGUUCUUUCUUAUUUGCCUUGUCCUACAGAAGUUAGUAACCAUGCACUUGACCAAACUAAGAAUGAAGAGAAGGUUGUGUUGUCUGGAACUCCAGUUGGACCUCUUGUAGCUCUGGCAUUUAAAUUGGAAGAAGGCCGAUUUGGUCAGUUAACAUAUUUAAGAAUUUAUGAAGGCAUCAUAAAGAAGGGUGAUUUCAUCAUCAACAUAAACACGGGCAAGAAAGUUAAGGUGCCUCGCUUAGUUCGGAUGCAUUCAGAUGAGAUGGAGGACAUCCAACAGGCACAUGCUGGGCAAAUGGUAGCCGUAUUUGGGGUAGAUUGUGCUUCAGGUGAUACUUUUACUGAUGGAUCAGUAAGGUAUACUAUGACAUCCAUGAAUGUCCCGGAGCCAGUUAUGUCAUUGGCUGUUUCACCAGUUUCUAAAGAUUCUGGAGGACAAUUCUCGAAAGCUUUGAACCGCUUUCAGAGAGAGGAUCCUACCUUUCGUGUUGGUUUGGAUGCAGAGAGUGGCCAAACAAUUAUUUCUGGAAUGGGAGAGCUGCAUUUGGACAUAUAUGUAGAACGCAUUCGGAGAGAGUACAAGGUUGAUGCAACUGUUGGAAAGCCUCGUGUUAACUUCAGAGAGACUGUUACUCAACGUGCUGAAUUUGACUAUUUACACAAAAAGCAAACUGGAGGACAAGGUCAAUAUGGACGUGUUGUCGGGUAUGUUGAACCUCUUCCGCAUGGGUCGCCAACUAAGUUCGAGUUUGAGAACAUGAUUGUUGGACAAGCUAUACCAUCAAAUUUUAUCCCAGCAAUCGAGAAGGGUUUUAAAGAAGCUGCCAAUUCGGGUUCAUUAAUAGGUCACCCAGUUGAAAAUAUCCGUGUUUGUAUAACUGAUGGUGCAUCCCAUGCAGUGGAUUCCAGUGAACUCGCAUUUAAGUUAGCUGCCAUCUACGCAUUUAGACAGUGUUAUACGGCAGCAAGGCCUGUCAUAUUGGAACCUAUAAUGCUGGUUGAACUGAAAGUACCUACAGAAUUUCAGGGCACGGUGACUGGUGAUAUUAACAAGAGAAAAGGCAUGAUUGUCGGGAAUGACCAGGAUGGAGAUGAUUCCGUAAUCACAGCUCAUGUUCCUCUCAAUAAUAUGUUCGGUUACUCGACAGCACUUCGAUCAAUGACCCAGGGUAAGGGUGAGUUCACGAUGGAGUAUAAAGAGCAUUCUCCAGUUUCUCAGGAUGUGCAGAUGCAGCUAGUGAACAACUACAAGGCCACCAAAGCUGCUGAAAGCUGAGGAUUUUUUUCCCAAACCAGUGCUAGCUUAAAGCUUAGUGGCAAGCAAGAAAGUGGCAUAAAAUUCUUGGGUUUUUGUGGAAGAUGAUUCCGCCCCACUAUAACAUUCGACAGAUUCAUUUAUACGUAACCCUUAAAUUUUUGUUUGCUUGCUCACUUCUGUUUCUAUUUUUAGUUAGCAUUCUUCCUUUGUGGAGCGGCCAAGAAUUGGUCAAUAAUUUUGAGAAACACAAAUAAUGUUAUUAUAUCCAUAGUUAAAUCAUGCAGGAGAUAGCCUUUAAUCCUUGUACUUGUCAUCUAUGAGAACGUCGUGUAUGGGAAUGGGAUCACAUAUUUUCUGGGCUCGUA